AUGAAAGCGUCCCUUCCGCCCCUCGCGGCGACGGCGGCCUGCCUGCUGCUGGCAACGACCCAGGCGGCGAAUCUGACGGUGUUCCAACCCGACGUGUCCUUCGUCCCGACGCCACUCCCGCCGCCCGGUCCGGCUGCGAACUUUGAGCAGAUCAUCGAGCAGUUCACGACCCUGGGCCGCACGACGGUCUGGCGGUCCGUCAAGAACAUCACGCUCGCCGGCGACACGGGCGAGCCCGAAGGCAUGGUCGUGCUGGACGAGCAGCGCUACAUCACCGCCCGCGGCGACUGGACCGCCCCGACGGUGUCCUACAACGGAUCCAUCAUCAACGGCACGGACCGCACGCCCGGCGCGGGCUACGCGCACCUGGAGAUCUACGACGCGCAGGGCCGGCGGGUGGUCGACGCGACGCUCACGGAGCCAAACGACAUCGAGUACCACAUCGGCGGCAUCGACUACGACGGGCACUACAUCUGGGCCACCCUCGCGCAGUACCGGCCCAACACGACCGCCACGAUCGUCCGCGUCGACCCCACCACGCUGGAGUCCACGCCCCUCAUCCACUACGCGGACCAUCUGGGCGGGAUUGUGCACGACAUCCAACGCAACCGGCUGGCGACCCUGAACUGGGGCGCGCGGAACACGUCGAUCUGGAAUUUGGGGGCGGUCAACAGUGCUGCUUAUCCGGCCUUUUCGACCCCGCUGGCCGUGGUCGCGAACCCGACCUUCUUCAUCGAUUACCAGGACUGCAAGUUCCUCGGGCACUCGAAGCACUACGACUACCGCGCGGUGAUGGUGUGCUCUGGCGUGGCGACGCUUGCGGUCAACGUCACCGUGGGUGGCCUCGCGCUCGUGGACGUGGAAACCAUGGUCCCGCUGUAUGAGGUGCCGGUCAUGAUGAAGAGCGGGCUCGGAGCCGUCAUGACGCAGAACCCGUUCGACAUCGCGUGGAACAGUGCCGACGAGACGAUGCGCGUCUAUUUCUUGCCGGAUCAGCAUAAUUCCACGGUCUAUAUCUACGAGCCGGUGCGGGAGAGUCCGUAUCAGUAUUGA